GGGGCAUAAAAGUCACAUUAUGUAGCAUCUGCAUAGUUACUCCGUAAAAUCAUAAAGAAUAAAAAUCAAUCAGUCAUAAUGAUAACUACUAGGUAGGCAAGUGCAAGCUAGUUAAUAUCUAGGUAUAGGUAACAUGAGCAAUGCAGACAUCAUUGAUGUAGAUACAUAUGGUAGAAGGUACCUAGGUUCUGGAUAUCUGCACUUCUUUCCCCACGAUUAUCCGUCUUAGCCAAUGGUUGCACUACGAUAGAUCGUUGUUGUUCCUUCCCGAAGAUUUGGAGAAACCCAUAGACCCGCCUUCGGCCCCGCCCGGAUCCGGGCGGGUCCUUGCAUCUCCGAAAAAGAAACUCACAAGAAGAGAGUGACUUGUGAGUGACUUAUGUCAUGAGCCAGCAACCAAAAUGCAAGCUUUGCAGGGCCAUGACGUAGUAUCAUUUACUCUUUUGUGUUGACUUUAAUUCCUUGAUGAUGUUAUCGAGCAUGAUGGAGACUUCUUCCAUCUGUCUGAGAGCUCCUUCAGUGAGGAUCAUCAUAUGGUUCAAUCGUUUGCGAAAUGUUUCAGCGACAAUGAGGUCUUGCGGGAGCUUUCUGUUGGCAGCGACGGUCGCGGUGGCGUCGGCCCGGACAUGGCGAUUAGAAUGCACACCAGUUGCCUGGCGAGCAGUAGGUUUAGUAGUGCGAAUAGUAAGUGAUGGCAUGGUUGGUGAUACAGGGUUUCAGGGUUCGGACCAACCCAACUAUAUCUCCGACCCCCUUUGGUGUAGUGUAUACAUGACUCCCGCUGGUGUAUUACACUUACCAAAAUUGCUGGUGUACACCAAAAGUGGGUCUCGCAAGCCUCGUCGGCGCCCUUACCCAUACUACAGGUUGAUGCUAUUCCCAACCUCGCCGUCGCUCUCACCGGGACAGACGCCACCGUCGGUCUCCCACUUCUAAGCUGCUAUUACCUCAACCUAAUAUCUCACGGGUUAGACCCUCGUGUGUUUCUUCGCACUGAUUAUGUUCCUGAGGCACCAUUUCCAAUAUUAUGAUGGCCUUGACGACUUAUCUCAUCAGAUGGACUUGGGGGAGGCUGUGUUGGGCACAGUUCGGAAGCAGGGGGAUCACAUGGCCGGGGAUAAUCAGGAUGAGGAUACCAUGAUCCCAGAUCAGGAGGAUAAGGAUGUCCUUAUUCUGAUUAUCUCCGGCUAUGCGAUCUUCUUGUUUUUGAAUUGUGCUCAAUACAGCCGCCUCCAAGUCCAUUUGAUGAAAUAAAUUGUCAAGGCCAUCAUGAUGUCGGAAAUGGUGUCACAUGAACGUGAUGAGUGCGGAAAGGUACACGAGGGGGUGGAGUGUGUCCUGGUGAGAGCGACG